AUGAAUUCAGACUUCUACCAACAAAGAAUACCAAAUAAGCUAUUUCUUAUUCAAAUUAUUGGAUAUGAUGAAGAACGUGCAGCACAAAACGAAUCGACAACUGCAAAUGUCAUCGUGAAGCCGAAUGCGAGCCUUGAGUUGAAACGAGUGGGGCCAAAUUUAGCUAAUUUGCGUGCAUCUAAAUCGCGAGUCACGUUCAAAAACAAAAGGCCCGCGGCGACCACCGCCGCGCUUUCCGAGAACUCU